CUUUUCUCUCCCACACACUCCUCCAUCUGCCAUCUCCAUUACCAGCAGCAGCAGCAGCAGCAGUUUCAGCACCAACGCCAUGGCCAUGUCAACACAAACCUCCCUUUUCACCCCUCCCACCACCAUCCCGUUCUCCAAGCCCGCCGCCCCCCCCGCACUCCUCCCGUGGAAGCAAACCCCCGGGGCGAGGCAGCUCCGCGUCGCCAGCCUGCGGGUGUCGGCCACCGAGGAGAAGAAGACGGCGGCGCCUGAGGCUCCCGAGGCCCCUGCCGGCUUCACCCCGCCUCAGCUGGACCCCAACACCCCCUCCCCCAUCUUCGGCGGCAGCACGGGAGGGCUUCUCCGCAAGGCGCAGGUGGAGGAGUUCUACGUCAUCACCUGGGACUCCCCCAAGGAGCAGGUGUUCGAGAUGCCCACCGGCGGCGCCGCCAUCAUGCGUCAGGGGCCCAACCUGCUGAAGCUGGCACGCAAGGAGCAGUGCCUGGCGCUCGGCACCCGGCUGCGCUCCAAGUACAAGAUCAAGUACCAGUUCUACCGGGUGUUCCCCAACGGCGAGGUGCAGUACCUCCACCCCAAGGACGGCGUCUACCCGGAGAAGGUCAACCCCGGCCGCCAAGGCGUCGGCCAGAACAUGAGGUCCAUCGGCAAGAACGUCAGCCCCAUCGAGGUCAAGUUCACCGGCAAGCAAGUCUAUGAUCUGUGACCACAUACAUCUCCUGCAUGCUUCCCUUCCCCGUGUCACAUGAUAUCAUAUAUAUGAACUCCAUUCGCCUUCUGUAAUCUCAUUCUUAUCUCUACAUCUCCUACACUUGUAUUAUUUCUCAUCCAAACUCUGUGCACAACUUCAAUUAAGCUGCUCAUAUGAUUCCCAGAUUA